UUCUGUUCAUAGAUCUCUCUACAGGGGUGAUGCUGUUCUUUGGCUGUGGGGUGUCAAACAUUAAUAUCCUCAUAUUUGAUUGUUGUCUUCCAUGCUUGAUUUUAGGAAUUUAAGGAUUUCAUGUCAGAUUCUUUUACCUUGAGGGAAGAUUAUCUUUAGCUAAGUUUUUCAUUGAUUUGAUAUCUAAUUUUGGGACUUUGGGUGGUUGUUAGAAAAUUGAAAAUCAGAAUCUUAAGAGAUUCUUUUAUUCUUUUCUAUGGUAAUUGUGAUUUUUUUUUCAUUUAUCUUCCUCAAUUCCAGGUCUUAUAUCUUGCAUUUAUCAGAUAAGAUAACAUCUUUUGUUCCUUUUUCUUUCCCACACGGAUACAACUCCUUCUAAUCAAUCUCUGUCUUGUAGUCAAUUUGGAGUUUGAUGGGUUUUUUAUUUUAUUUAUUCUCUUAUCUCAAGGCUCUUGAGAUUUUCUGGUGAUGUUGGAUUUUACUAGACAGUUUUUAUAGAUUUGACAAUUGGGUGUCUCUUUCUCUUUUCUAGCUGGAAUUAGCAAGGAAGUAAGACCCACUUUCAGGUUUAGUUUGCUGGUAAUUAGUCACUGCUUCUUGGAUGAGUCUGCUCCAUGUUUUUGGGUUUGGUUUAAAGGUGGGGCAUCUGCUUUGGAUCUUAUGUUGCUGGAUAGCAUCUAUGAUCUCGAUGAACUGGUUCAUUAACGGUGAAUUUAAGAACCCCAAGGCUGGUCUCCUUGGUGAUAGUGGUAGCAAGAUGUGGUUCAAAUGUUGGGAUGAAAUCUCCAACUUUAGCUUCAAGAUCCACCAUCAGUAUUACCAGUAUAUCGGUUCCAAGAAAGUUUGUAAGUCCUUGUGGAGAAAGCUCUUGUUUCCAUGGGUAAUUGGUUGGACCUUGGCUUCUGUUUGGAUCUUCUAUUAUAUGAGCUCUCAUGCGACUGAGAAGAGCAAGGAGACGCUGGCUAGCAUGUGUGAAGAGAGAGCUAGGAUGUUGCAGGAUCAGUUUAAUGUAAGCAUGAACCAUAUCCAGGCUAUGUCUAUUUUGAUCUCGACUUUCCACCAUGGGAAAACCCCAUCUGCUAUUGAUCAGGGGACUUUUGCGAGGUACACCGAGCAAACUGAUUUUGAAAGGCCCCUCACAAGUGGUGUGGCAUACGCUGUAAGGGUGCUCCACUCUGAAAGGGAACAGUUUGAGAGGCAACAGGGCUGGACUAUUAAGAGGAUGGAUACUCUUGAAACAUCACCAAUUCAGGAAGAAUAUGCUCCUGUUAUAUUUGCCCAGGAUAUCGUUUCACAUGUGGUUUCUCUUGAUAUGCUGUCAGGAAAGGAGGACCGUGAGAAUGUAUUGCGUGCAAGAAGAUCAGGAAAAGGGGUGCUAACAGCUCCUUUUAGGUUACUCAAAACAAAUCGUCUUGGAGUUAUUUUGACAUUUGCAGUUUACAAGAGGGAUCUUCCUUCAAAUGCAACUCCGAAUGAGAGGAUUGAAGCAACUGAUGGAUACCUUGGUGGGGUGUUCGAUAUUGAGUCACUUGUGGAGAAGUUGCUACAACAGCUAUCAAGUGAACAAACAACCCUUGUGAAUGUAUUUGACACAUCUAAUCAGUCUUGCCCUGUCAGUAUGUAUGGUUCCAAUUCAUCAAAUGAUGGGUUGGAGCACGUCAGCCACCUUAAUUUUGGUGAUCCUUUCAGAAAGCACGAGAUGCGCUGCAGGUUUAAGCAAAAGCCACCGUUGCCAUGGGUAGCAAUAACCACUUCAAUUGGCAUCCUUGUAAUUGCGUUACUUGUUGGGCAUAUCUUCCAUGCAACUGUCAAUCGAAUUGCCAAGGUGGAAGAUGAUUGCCAUAAGAUGAUGGAGCUCACAAAACAGGCCGAGGCAGCUGAUAUUGCCAAAUCUCAGUUUCUUGCUACUGUUUCCCAUGAAAUCAGAACCCCAAUGAAUGGUGUUCUUGGAAUGUUGGAUAUGCUCAUGGACACGGAUUUAGAUGUUACACAACUAGAUUAUGUCAGAACUGCACAAGCUAGUGGAAAGGCACUGGUUGCACUCAUAAAUGAGGUUUUGGAUCAGGCUAAGAUUGAAUCUGGUAAGCUAGAGCUCGAGGAAGUGCAGUUUGACCUACGAGCCAUCUUGGAUGAUGUGUUGUCACUAUUUUCUGGGAAGUCUCAGGACAAAGGAGUAGAGUUGGCUGUUUACAUCUCUGAUAGAGUGCCUAAGAUGUUAAUUGGUGAUCCUGGGAGGUUUAGACAAAUAAUCACUAAUCUCAUGGGAAACUCAAUUAAAUUCACUGAGAGAGGGCACAUCCUUGUGACUGUUCAUCUUGUGGAGGAGGUGAUUGAUUCAAUAGAAGUUGAGACAGAAUCUUCGUCAAAGGACACCUUGAGUGGUUUCCCUGUUGCAGAUAGACGCCAGAGCUGGAAAGGAUUUAGAACUUUUGGUCAAGAAGAACCUGUGCAUCCUUUCUCUGACAGCAUUAAUCUUAUCGUAUCGGUUGAAGAUACUGGUCUAGGAAUACCCCUAGACGAUCAGUCUCGUGUUUUCACUCCUUUUAUGCAAGUUGGCCCUUCUAUUGCUCGAACACAUGGAGGCACGGGUAUUGGAUUAAGCAUAAGCAAGUGUUUGGUUGGUCUAAUGAAAGGAGAAAUUGGAUUUGUUAGCAUUCCUAAGGUUGGUUCCACCUUCACAUUUACUGCUGUUUUCUCCAGUGGCAGCUCUAGUUCAAAGGUGCACAAGAGCCAGCAAAUCAAUAGCCAGUCUAAUACUGUUUCCUCAGAGUUUCAUGGGAUGAGAGCAUUAGUUCUGGAUCCUAGACCUGUCCGGGCCAAGGUGUCAAGAUAUCAUAUCCAACGUCUGGGAAUUCACGUUGAAAUAGUUUCUGAUUGGAAACAAGCUUUAUCUAUCAUAAACAGGGGGAAUAAUGCAAUCCACAUGGUUCUCAUUGAACAAGAAGUUUGGGAUAGAGAUCUAAGCUGUUCGGGUCUCUUCAUCAAUAAAUUGGAGAAAAUAGGUCAUGGUACUCCUCCAAAGGUAUUCCUUUUGUGUAAUUCUAUCAAUUCUUCCAGAGGGAAUACUACUACUGGUGCCUGUGACUUGACCAUCAUCUCAAAGCCAUUGAGGGCUAGCAUGUUAGCGGCAUCUCUACAACGAGCCAUGGGCAUUGGGAACAAAGGGAACCCCCGUAAUGGGGAGUUACCAAGCUUGUCUCUGCGGAAUCUUCUUCUAGGGAGAAAAAUCCUAAUUGUAGAUGACAACAAUGUGAACCUGAAAGUUGCUGCUGGUGCGUUGAAAAAAUACGGAGCUGAUGUGGUUAGUGCCACAAGAGGAAUAGAGGCUAUUGAACUGCUUACACCACCUCACCAAUUCGAUGCCUGUUUCAUGGAUAUCCAAAUGCCGGAAAUGGAUGGGUUCGAAGCUACAGGGAGAAUUCGGGAUGUGGAGCAGAACAUCAAUAAUCGUGUUCAAUUUGGAGGACUACCAGUAGAUGCUUACAACAAUGUUUCAAACUGGCAUGUACCCAUCUUGGCUAUGACAGCAGAUGUUAUCCAGGCUACACACGAGCAAUGCCAACAGUCUGGAAUGGACGGAUAUGUGUCAAAACCAUUUGAAGCGGAGCAAUUAUACCUGGAAGUUUCACGAUUUUUCCAAUAGGCAAUAUGAGGUCAGAAUCCAUUGGAAGAGCAUCUACUCAUGACAUGCCACUGGCUUCAGUAGGACUGCCUCUACACUGGCAUUCUUUGGGACAAAUAAGUUCAGAUUCUUCCCAACAGGAAACAUUUGUUUUUGUUGCAGAGUGUACAUAGAAUCAUGCUUGAACAUAGGGUUUGAGCUUUUUUGUAUUUUUACAAUGAAUACAGCAGAUCCUGAUGAUGUAUUUUCACUUGGCUUGUAAAGCCGGUCAUUCCAAAUCCCAAGCCCUUUCAGCAGGGUUGGUGAAUUAAGAUGUCUGUGCAGUAAAAAAGAAGUUAUUUGGGGUAAAAGAAAAAAGUUACCAGAUGGAAAUGGAUGAUAGUGUGGCUAUAUAUAGAAAAAUUGCAGCUGUAUCUUCCUUGUGUUGGUAAUAAAAGCUCCUGCAAACUGAAAGCUGUUGUCUCUG